GGCAGGUGUGGCAUCCCCAUUCGGAGGUGGCCUGGCCUCACAAGUCACAGCCAUACAGAGAACACACCCACACACAAAGUAGGCGAGCCAAGCGGCCAGGGAGGCGAGAAGCAGGCUAGCUAGUAGCCGCCGCUGCUCGCUCCUCCGGUAUUCUUGGCUAGGCUUCAGCUCCAUCCGCUCGCGAGCUCAGAGCCGAGCCGGCCACAGCGCAGCAGCUAGCUCCUCGCCUCCCGCGUCCCGCCCCGCUGCCCUGCCGCGCCGUGCGAACGAAGCAACCGCGCCGCUGCCCGCACGGCGACGGCGAUGGAGGAGCAGCUGGGCCCGGUGGCGGUGACGCACCUGCUGCAGCACACGCUGCGGAGCCUCUGCACCGGCGACGCGCCGCAGUGGGUCUACGCCGUCUUCUGGCGCAUCCUGCCCCGCAACUACCCGCCCCCCAAAUGGGAUCUCCCUGGCGCGGCGUACGACCGGACCCGAGGCAACAGGAGGAACUGGAUCCUGGCGUGGGAGGACGGGUUCUGCAACUUCGCGGCGGCGGCGGCGGCGGCGGCCGCCCCUGCCGCGUGCUGCCAGGAGGUGGCGGCGGCGGCGGCGUACGCCGGGGACUGCGAGGCAGCAGCAGCUGCUGCUGCUGCGCAGGAGGCGGCGAAGCACCAGCCGCAGCCGCCGAGGCUGCAGCCAGAGCUCUUCUUCAAGAUGUCGCAUGACAUCUACAACUACGGCGAAGGGCUGAUGGGGAAAGUGGCGGCGGACCACAGCCACAAGUGGGUGUUCAAGGAGCCCCAGGAGCACGAGACCAACCUCAUCUCCUCCUGGAGCAACCCUGCCGACUCUCAUCCGAGAACGUGGGAGGCGCAGUUCCAGUCCGGAAUCCAGACCAUCGCCCUGAUCGCUGUCAGGGAGGGCGUCGUGCAGCUCGGCUCCAUGAAAAAGGUGGCGGAGGACCUGAGCUACGUCGUGAUGCUGCGCCGCAAGUUCGGGUACCUGGAGAGCAUCCCGGGGGUGCUGCUGCCGCACCCGUCGACCGCCGGCGUGUUCCCGGGCGGCGGCGGGUGCGUGGGGCCGCCGCCGGUCGACAUCGCCUCCGCGGGGUGGCCGCCGGGCCUGAUGCCGCCGCCCGCGGGGCCGCCGCUGGAGCUCUACGACCCCUACGGCGCCGCGGUGGCCGCCGCGGGGCCGGCCGCGGCCGCGGCCGCGGCGUCCAUGCACAUCAUGCCGUCGAUGAGCAGCCUCGAGGCGCUGCUCUCCAAGCUGCCCUCGGUCGUGCCGGCCCCGCAGGCGCAGCCGCCGGCCGGCGGGGCCGUGCCCGGCGCGGCGCCGCUGGACAACAAGGAGGAGGAGGAGGAGGAGCAGGGCGACUACGUGCAGUGCCACGGCAUGGGCGUGGCGAGCAACGGCGGCGAGAGCACGAGCACGAGCGCCGCCACCGCCGCCGGCGCCGCUACCGCCCCGAUCCCGCCCUACUUCGUCGACGUGGGCGGCAGUAGUAACCCCGGCGAGGGGUUUUAGCUCGAGCUACGGAGCUGCUAGGCCGCCCUGGCUCUCUCUCAACCGCGCGCGCGCUCGCGUACGUCUCUGUCGAUCCGUAGGCAACGGCGACGGCGUGGCGUGUGGUUGUGCUAAUCUUCUCCAUCUAGUGAUGUCAUUAAUCGUUAAUUACCACUAUAUGCUAAUACCACCGGCCAGUUAACCCAA